AUGAGGGCGUUGAUCGCUGUGGUGCUUCUGUGCGCGCUCCGCCUCCCGGGCCUCAGAAGUCAAUGCCCCAACCCAGGCUCCUUAAAAGACCCCCAAGGCACGAAGCUAUGCGCUCGCAUGUUCACAGACAGCCACGAGAACAGUACUCUGAGCUGUGUGGGCGAGCAGAUGAACAUCUAUCCCCAAGACGACUACCCGAUGCUUCCGCGCAGUUGGAACGACCGCAUUUCCUCCAUGGUGGUGUCCCGGUUCUGCAGUCUCACAGUUUGGUCGCGUACGAAGAAGGAAGGGAAACGGCGGAAAUUCCGGGCGGGGGUCCAGCACCGACUGAGGGACGUACGCAUGGGGCUGUUAAGAAACUGGGAUAACCAGAUCUCCGCGUUUUUUUGCGAGUGCUAG